UGUGUGUCUCUGUGCUGAAGGUGUUCACGGUGGAGGAGAUGAUGCCUCACGUGGCUCAUCUGAGCGGCGCCGUCACUAAAAACCUCUUCCUGAAGGACAAGAAGAAGAAGAGCCUGUGGCUGCUGUCUGUGCGUCACGACCGGCAGCUGAACCUGAGUGAUGUGGCCAAGCGUCUGGGGCUCGGCUCAGGGAACCUGCGUCUGGCGGACGAGUCGCUGAUGCUGGAGAAGCUGAAGGUGGGUCAGGGCUGCGCCACGGCCCUCGCGCUCUUCUGCGACACCGCCCGCUGCGUCAGGAUGGUGCUGGACCGCGACCUGACCCACGGCGGCCGCCAGAGAGUCUACUUCCACCCCAUGACCAACAGCGCCACCAUGGGGCUCAACCCAGGCGACCUGCUCCGCUUCCUGCAGGAGACCGGCCACGAGCCCGUCGUCCUGAGCUUCGACUGAGGUCACGCUCUUUAACUGGUCUUCAGGGGUGGUGGCUCUUCUGCAGGUCACAGGAGUGUAUGAGUGUAUGAGCAGCACACAUGCAGGGAUGUGGAGCAUCUGUGAUGCUGAGCUCCACAGAUUCAUCAGCUUUCUCUAAGAGUCCCUCUGCUUCCUUGAUUCAAGGAAAAGGGCAUAUUUUUUCUCUUGUUUUCAUUGCUGAGGGGUUCAUGAUUACAAAAGCGAGAGAAAUGGCAGGAUCUUGUAGGAUUGUGCCGCUCUUCAGACGAAGCUCCUCUCUGAUGGAGAACAAGAGAUGACAACACUUAGAGGAGAAACACAGAUCAAUCUCAGGAAACACUGCUGUGUGUGUCUCACCACUAUCCACUCGUGCUCAUUCUUGUGUGAUUUUAAUAAAAUAUGUCAUCUUUACACAUAGGCUUUUUUCCAUUACUGUGAGUUUCAUGAUGGAGAACUGAUCAGAGUUCUGUUUUUACUCUUUCUGCUACAACUUUUCUGAAUGGAAAUAUAUAUAUAUAUAUGGAACAGUAUUUAAUGUUAAUUUCUGUGUGAUAAUCUUACACAGUACUACUAUCCUCGUGUGAUGAAUCGUUCAAUUUAAAGGCAUCAUAUUAGUGAAGCUGAUUUGUGUUUAAGUGCAGUCUGAUCUCGUCCUCUGCUGCCAGGACAGUAAAACAUGAACAUAGCUAUAUCUCACAUCACCCUGGCUGUUAAAGGCUCAUGGGUCAUCUCCCCUGCAUGUUCACUGGUUAUUGCAUUUAACUGCCUACACUGAACUCU